CUUUUGUCACAGCCAGUACAGUCCGCAGCCCGAGAGGAGCACGCCUUCUCUACAGGUGUCUGCCUCUGCAUUACUGUCCAGGGCUGUAUCCGCUGGAGCAACCGCACUGCUCAAAGACUAGACUCUAGCAGUCUGAGCCAGAGCUUGGUAGGGGGUGGGUCACGUGCCCAGGAGAAGGGCUAGACGUGGGAACUCCCCGGGGACUUCUGCUCCUUCUCCUGAGUCCCAGCAGCUGGCAUUAACAACAACUGCCACAGCAAUGGGGUGUUCCAGCAGCACCCAAACCCAGUCUCAGGAGAGCAGCCGGCCAGUGACCAAGACUAGUGUCACCAACGGACUGAAGCAAAGCGCAGCUUCAGAUGGAAACACUUCAAUCCCAUACAAAAAUGAAAUUUGCCCUGACAAGAAAAAGCAGUGUGCUUUAGUAAAAGCAAGAGUUGAUGCUCAUGACAAAACCAGGCUGACCAAUAACCUUGGAGCAAAAGAGACCACAGUUGUCAUGCCAGCAAUUGAUGGUGCUAGUUUUACCUCUGAAGAAGGAAAUGCUGGGGAGGUAGAGUCCUCAGGCUCCAGAGAAAGAGAUCAAACAGAAUAUCUGAGAUCAACAGAUAAAGCUAAAUAUCCACAGGCAUCUGAAGAGUCUAUGCCACCCAUAUCUCUUGAAAAAAAUGAAACUCCAGGAAUAGAUGAAAAGGACAAUGAUGGGGAAAUUAAGAAUGGUACUCAGGCUGCAGGAAGAUUUGUUGAGAUUGAAAUAUUUGGAACUAUAAAAGAGAUUAAGCCACUAAGAAGCGAUAGAGAAGAAGAAACUCUGGAAACAGUAGAAUGUGGUCAGCAUCAGGGAAUGGCUCAAGAGGCUGAUCCCCAAAGAACAACAGAGGAAACUAAGCAUCCGGUAACAUCUGUGGAGACUGAACCUCAAGAAAUAGUGGAAGAAAUUCAGCAUGUAGAAACUGAGAGAAAGACCGAAAUGUUGGAGGAGAACGAUCAUGUGGAAAUAGCUGGAGAGACUGAAACUUCAGGAACACUGGAAGAGACUGAGCAUGAGGGAACAGCUGGAGAGACCAAACCUUCAGGAAUACUGGAAGAGACCGAAUGUGAGGAGGAAACAGUUGUAAAGACUGAACCUUCAGAACCACUGAAAGAACCUGAACAUGAGGAAACAGCUGGAGAGACCAAACCUUCAGGAAUGAUAGAAAAGACUGAGCAUGAAGAAACAGCUGAAGAACCCAAAACUUCAGGAAUGAUGGAAAAGUCUGAGCAUGGGGAUACAGCUGGAGAGACUGAACCUGCAGGAACAAUGGAAAAUAAGGCCUUGGUAACAGAUGAAAAACACAAUCUUCUGGCAACAGUUGAAGAUAAUGAAUUUCCAGAAGUCCCAGAGGGGGACCAGCCUCUUGAAGCUACUGGAAAGAAUAAGGUGGAGAAGAUUCAGCACGUAGAAAUAGUUGAGGGAAAUAAACCUAAAAUAGCUGAAGGGACAGAGGAAAACAUGAAGCCUCUAAUGGAAGUAGACAGGGAAACUCACAUGAAUGAAGAGGACGAAGCAAUUGAAGGUGAGACGGGAGAAAGGGUGGAAACUGAGAUGCACAGUGAGAUAGUAAGUGAGGGGUCUGAAACAAAAGAAGAAGAAACGGGAGAAGCUGUGGAUACUACUGCAGCCACAGAGAUGGAGUUAACAAAUAGCAAGAAGUAAGAUCCAGAUGCUGCCUACAACACAGAUUCUACUCUUCAUCCUGUUCAGCUAUUUAACAGCAUUUUACAGUCCUUUAACCUGGGGAAGGGGGAAAUAAGACAUCAGGACUUUACAAGGAAUUGAUAAGCUUUAAUCGAUGUUUUAAAAAAUUGCCACAAACAAGUGACCUUUUAAAGAAUUCUUCAAAAGUUGCCAAGAUACUUUGACAAGUAGUUACAUAUGUACAUUUUUCACUUUUCUGCCAUAGAGUGCCUUGUAUAGGUUAAUAUGCAAGUAGAUUUCUGGUUUUGAAAGAUUUUUGUUUGAAAUGUAAAUAUAUUUCAUACCUUUUCAAAUUUCAGUUAAGAUCUUCUAAAUUCAUUUUUUACAUUAAACAAUGAGUAAGGGGCAACUAGGGAGCACAAUAUAUAGAGUGCCAGGCCUGGAGUUGAGAGAACCUGGGUUCUAAUGUGGCCUCCUGGUUGUGUGAUCCUGGGCAAGUCAAUUAACCUUCAUUGAUUAGACCUUGCCGCUCUUCUGUUCUAGAACUGAUACUAAGACAGAAGCUAAGGAUUUAAAAAACAAACAAAAAACAAUAAUUACUAAAACUUCCUGUUUUAAAUAUUGAAUCCACAGGAAUAUAAGAUGGCAAAAGACAAUUGUCAUAUUUUUUCCUUCUUUAACUGAUUAGUAUUAUGACCCAAAUUUUAAAACACUAAUUUGUGAGGUAGAUGAUAAGAAGUUAACAGAAUAGUUACUCUUCCAGGAAAGGAAACUUACAGAAUGUGAUCUUCAACUUCAUACUUUAUGCAGCUUUAAAAAGAAUUUUUUUAAAAAAUCAUCAUCAUGACAGGAUCCCUAUAUAGCCAUAGUCACUUUUUUAGAAGCAUAUUUUUUUCUGAUCAAUAGCCAAAAAAAUUAUUAAUAUCAGGGAAAAUAAAAAUUUGCUAGACAAAUUUAAACAAAAAUGUUUUCAUAAUUGGUGGACUGAAAAAUAAGUAUUACUAUCCACAUUCAGAGGAAGAACUAUGGGAAUAGAAACAGAAGAAAAACACCUGCUUGAUCACAUGGGUUGAUGGGGAUAUGAUUGGGAAUGUAGACUUUAAAUAAUCACUCUAGUGCAAAUAUCAAUAAUAUGGAAAUAGGUCUUGAUCAAUGACACAUGUAAAACCCAGUGGAAAUGCAUGUUGGCUAUGGGAGGGGGUGUGGGAAGGGGAGGAAAUAACAUGAAUCUUAUAACCAUGGAAAAAUAUUCUAAAUUAAUUAAUUAAAUACAAUUUUCCAAAUAAAAAAAUGAAAAAUAAGUAUUAUGAUUAAGUAAACACAGUAAUGCACUUUUUUUCCAUUUGGCUCUAUGUAUCUUUGUGAGGUAGCAUUUCUUUUUUCCCAACUGUGCUAGAUGAAAUGUAAUUAAAAAAUAAAAAAGACUAGGUAGAGUAAUACUGGUAAAAUAUAUGAAAAUUUAUCUUUUUUCAUCUUAAGGCUAAUAUGAUUGCUAAAAUUAUGCUAUAGCUUGUUAGCAAAAUGCAUUUUUUGUAACUUUAAAAACUUAAUAUUUUGGAACCAGUGACUGUAUUUCUUUAUUAAAAUUAUCAGUGGAAUAAAUUUUUUAGUUUUGUG